CAUUGUUGCGUUUAAACAAGUGUUGUUCGGAAUUAAUUGUAAAUGAAAUAUUGAAUAGACGGCAGCUAGCAACAAAAUGCUGUUCAAUAAGUGCCUCGAGAAAUUGUCCAGUUCGCUGGGACAUGUGGUGCAUCAUAAGCUGCACGAGAAGCAGGUCUACAACAGCAAUGACGACAACAACAACAACAACAACAACAGUAAUAUGUACAACAAACAACGCAACUUUGAGUACGAGAGAGCGAUACAGGCGCAUUAUGGCAAUGGAAGGACGCGCAGCAACUCCAAGUCAAAGGCCAGCAAAAGUCACAAGACAAAGGCAACAACAACAACAACAACAAUGACAGGAGAAACAACAACAACUGAGUGCAAAAAUUGCAUGAGCAACGACGAGAUGGCCCUGAUUAUCAGAGGCGUUGCCCACAACAACAACAGCUACAACAACAACAACAACAACAACAAGAACAAUCAACACAAAUACAACAGAGCAAACAGACGUCGUCCCACCUCAACGGGCGCCUCGUCUAGCUGCUCCUCGACCGAGUCGCUGCCUCAGCUGCAGCUAGCCACGCCGCGUGGCAGCAACAGCAGCGCCAGCAGCAGCGGCAGCAACAGUAGCGAUGGCCAUGCCUACUACUACUCAUCAAAUCCCGUAACGCCCACAUCCUGGUCCAGUUCACCGCCGAACUUUGCGCCGCACCGCUUUGGCGGCUCCAGCGGCACACUGGCGCUCCUGGCGGUGAUGCGCGUCCAACUCUAUGGCUACAAAUGGUUUCACGGCAAUCUUUCUGGCAAAGAAGCUGAAAAAUUGAUAUUGGAGCGUGGCAAGAAUGGUUCAUUUCUUGUGCGUGAAUCUCAAAGUAAACCUGGUGAUUUCGUUUUAUCCGUGCGCACAGACGACAAAGUGGCGCAUGUCAUGAUUAGAUGGCAGGAUAAAAAAUACGACGUGGGCGGCGGCGAUUCAUUCGAUACACUCUCCGAGCUGAUCGAGCACUACAAGCGACAUCCGAUGGUGGAGACGUGCGGCACGGUGGUCCACUUGCGGCAGCCGUUCAAUGCGACGCGCAUCACCGCAGCCGGCAUCAAUGCGCGCGUGGAGCAGCUGGUGAAGGGCGGCUUUUGGGAGGAGUUCGAGUCGCUGCAGCAGGACAGCCGGGACACAUUCGAGCGCGUGGAGGGCUACAGGGAUGCGAAUCGUCUCAAGAAUCGCUAUCGCAACAUCUUGCCCUAUGACCAUACGCGCGUCAAGCUGCAGGAUGUGGAGAGCAAUGCUGUGGGCGCCGAGUAUAUAAAUGCCAAUUACAUACGUUUACCCACCGACGGCGAUCUCUAUAACAUGAGCAGCUCCUCGGAGAGCCUCAACAACACGGUCGCCUCGUGCCCGGCCUGCACGGCGGCGCAGACGCAGCGCAACUGCCCCAAUUGCCAGCAGCAGAACAAGACGUGCGUGCAGUGCGCGGUCAAGUCGGCCACGUUGCCCACCAAUUGUGCCACCUGCAAUCGCAAGUCCGAUUCGCUCAGCAAGCACAAGCGCAGCGAAUCUCUGUCGGCGUCGGCGAAUGCCUCUGCCGCCGGCACGGGUCCCGGCACGCCCACCGCCGCGGGCAACACGUCCGCCUCGGCGGCGCUGAACGGCUGCCUGGCGGUGCUGCUGAAGAAGCACUGCGGCGACGCAUCGCCGCCGCCAUCGACGACAUCGUCCUGCAGCGGCCCCUCGACCGGAUCGCUGCAGAACGGCGAGGGCCAAAUGUACAAGACGUACAUUGCCACACAGGGCUGUCUGGCCAACACGAAGACGGACUUCUGGAACAUGAUCUGGCAGGAGAACACGCGCGUGAUUGUGAUGACCACCAAGGAGAUCGAGCGCGGCAAGACCAAGUGCGAGCGCUACUGGCCGGACGAGGGCCAGACCAAGCAAUUCGGCCAUGCCCGGGUGCACUGCGUCAAGGAGAACUCCACCAAUGACUACACGCUGCGCGAGUUUCUCUUCUCGUGGCGCGACAAGCCCGAGCGACGCAUCUAUCACUAUCAUUUCCAAGUGUGGCCCGAUCACGGCGUCCCAGCCGAUCCCGGCUGUGUGCUCAACUUCCUGCAGGACGUCAACACCAGGCAGAGCAGCCUGGCCCAGGCAGGCGAGAAGCCCGGUCCCAUUUGUGUGCACUGCUCGGCGGGCAUUGGACGCACGGGCACGUUCAUUGUGAUCGACAUGAUUCUCGAUCAGAUAGUGCGCAAUGGCUUGGACACCGAAAUCGAUAUACAGCGCACAAUUCAGAUGGUGCGAUCGCAGCGCUCGGGCAUGGUCCAGACGGAGGCGCAAUACAAGUUCGUCUACUAUGCGGUGCAGCACUACAUUCAGACGUUGAUCGCGCGCAAGCGGGCCGAGGAGCAGAGCCUGCAGGUUGGACGCGAAUACACCAACAUCAAAUACACCGGCGAAAUCGGCAAUGAUUCACAAAGAUCUCCAUUACCAACAGCAAUUUCUAAUCUAAGUUUAGUAGCGGGUAAGGCAACAGUUGCGGAACCGUUGACUCCAGCCGGAGCAGCAGCAGCAGCAGCAGCAGGAGCAGCAGGAGGCGUCAGUGCUGGGAAUAAGCAUGCUGGCAAAUUGCAGCCGCCAUUGCCGCCGCUGGGCGCCAGCAGCAACAACAACAACGGCAACAGCAACAGCAACAGCAAUGGCAUCGCCAGCAAUGGCAUCGCCAGCAGCAGCAGCAACAGCAGCAGCAGCAACAGCAGCAUCAGCAGCGGCAACGCCAAUGCCAAUGGCAACAUUCUGGGCAAUGGCAGCAAUCAGCGCAAAUCCAAUUUCUAUAGCGAUUCGCCGGUGGCGCUUAAGCAGCACGAACAAGCAGCAGCAGCUGCAACAGCAACAGCAGCAACAGCAGCAGCAACAACAGCAGCAGCAGCAGCAACAACAGCAGCAGCAACAGCAACAGCAGCAGCUGCAGCUGCAGCCAAAUACAAAAACAUUCCCAAAGACAUGAACAGUCUGGCAGCGAGGCAGUCGCACGCCGUUGCCUAUGCUGCUGCUGCGCCGGCGCUGCCGCCGCCACCGACGCCGCCGCGCAAAACAUGACAAAUGAAUUUCUAAAUAGACGCACUUUCAUUUCUUUUGC